UUCUAUUAGUGAUUUCUUAGUGAAGGAGCCAUCAGCAGGGUUUUAUGUUGGGAUUCCAAUGCUGGGCCUGCUUUGGGUCCUUCUUGCGUAUGGGUUCAUGAUGGCAGACAGGAUUUUGGAGAAAGAAGGAUAUAAGAGAGAGGAGGUGUUUAGACAGGAAACGAGGCAACCUGUGAAGAGACGUACUCAUCAUAAGAGGUUAGAUGAGGGAUAUUAGUGUUAAGAGUUGGA